UACAGCCUGUAGAGCAGUCUAUACCUCAGCCUGCGACUCAACCUGCUCCACAGCCACAAGCCCCUUCUGCUUACCAAGUUAUCCAGCCAGCAGGGCCACCUGCUCCAGCUCCCCGAGUGAGUCAUGUGAUACAACCCACUCUGCAACCUGCCCAGCACGUAGCCUAAUCAGUGCAGUUUGGGAGGCUUGAACCAUCACAGGCUGAGCUUCUAUACAGUUACAAGUACCAACCCCCACUACCUGCAAGCAGCUCUGACCAGGUACACUCUGCACCGGCAAAGUCCCAUAACUCAUCUGUCACCCCAGCUACAUACCAUCAUCAGCCACCACAAGGAGCAUCAGCACAGCAGACCUAUAUUCAACAAUAUUCAGAUCUACCUCCUGCUGCUACCAGCUACUAUCCUGUUCACUAUCCAACAGCCUACGCCUGCCUACCUCAGUUUGUUGCAGGGCCCUCUGCAGCAGGAGAAGUUUCCCAGCCAAACCUGAUGGAGAUGAUUGUAGCAUCCUCAUAUGGCAUUCCAAAGCCCAGACUGGUGACGUUCAAAUCAGGGAGAGAGAGUGACUUUGCACUACUGAAGAAAGGACUAGACAGCCUACUUGGGCCACAUGCUCAUCUCACAGAGGAGUACAAAUACCAUAUCUUGCUGGAUCACUUAGAGCAUCCCUGCGCGUUACAAGUGGCCAGGCGCUAUAUUCACGACCGCACCCCCUAUACCAGUGCAAUGCAAGAUUGGAGCAGCGAUAUGGGCAGCCCAGGCAGUUAGUUCAAAGCGAGCUAAGCGCUAUACUUAACUGCUCUUCUAUUAAAGCAGGGGACCCUCAAGCCUUUGAGGAUUUUUCCCUAGCAGUGUCUAGUCUGGUGGGCCUCCUCAGUACCAUGGAUGAAGCAGCUGUGGUUGAGCUCCAGUGUGGUUCCCACGUAGAUAAGCUACUCACCAAGCUUCCUCCUGGCUACAGAGACAGUUUCAUCGAGUACUGCAUUACACGCGGUAUAAUUCGUACUGGCAGCAGUCGUACAUACAACAUGUUCGACUUCUCCGAAUGGCUCGAGCGCAGGUCUCAGGUGAUACAACUAUCAAGGCAAGCUACACAGUCACUAACAUCAGACCGACUACGAUUAGGGAAAGACAACCCCAGAUCCUCCACAGGGUCCAAGACCCAGAGCAAGUUCACAUCCAUUUAUUAUGGCUCAGACCCUGCACAAACACAGUCCAAGCUGGAUACUAGGGAACAAGCUACUGGCCCUUCUUCCUCCUCUAAGAAGAAACAGAAGUUCAAGCCGUACUGCUCAUACUGUGAAGGAACAGAGCACUACCUCGGUGGCUGUACAGAUUUUAAGAAGUUAGACCUUAAAGCUGUAGCCACUUGGAUUAAGGAGAAAUCCAAAUGCUGGCGCUGUGGCCGUAAACAUACUCCUGAGCAGUGCACCCUAAAGAAGCCAUGCAGCACCUGUGGAGAACAGCACUUAUUAAUCCUUCAUGACCUGGCUGAAGCUAAAAGCAGGGACCCUCACAUCUUAACAGUGAGCACGAGCAGAGUAUUCUUGGACCCUUUCUGUCACUCAGGUCGUGUAAUGCUCAAAGUCGUUCCCAUACAGUUACACCACCAACGGAAGUCCUUGGACACAUACGCUCUCUUCGAUGAUGGCUCAGAGAAAACCAUUAUUCUCCCAGCAGCAGUCAAGGCACUAGGCUUAUCACUGGAGGAGGAAACUUUGUCUCUGCAUACUAUCCGCCAGGAUGUUAUUCAGAUUAAGGGAGGCUAUGUCUCAUUCCAGGUGUCCCCCAAGGCCAGACCAGAAAUACGCUACAAGAUAAUGCGUGUCUUUACUGCUCAGCCACUCAGCCUAGCUGAACAGACGUGCCCAGUAGAGCUCUUAAAGGCGAAGUAUCAACACCUACAGCGAGUGCAACUUCAGGGAUUCAACCACGUACAGCCGCUAGUACUAAUCGGCUCUGACAAUGCUCACCUCAUAACUCCUGUCCGUCCAGUCCUGCGUGGUCCAGCCCAAGGACCUGUCGCUGUUUGCACCAAGCUCGGGUGGGCUAUCCAGGGUCCAAGCAGCAGCAUGCCCACAAAGCAGGAGGUGCACUGCCUUAACAUAUCAUGCUCCUCUCCUGCUGAAGCCCUACACCAGGACGUACAGCGUCUGUGGCAAUUAGACACCCCCCUCCACAGACCUGAGAAGGAGGUCACACGUUCAAAGGAGGAUAGAGAGGCCAUAGCCAUGUUAGAGGCCAAGACCAUCAGAGUGCCUGUGGAUGGUGUAUAA